AGAAAGUACUCGGCUCUUUUCUCGCGAGAUUGGAGCGGCCAUCUUGUCCCUGCCCCUGACAGUCUCGGGUCGCGGUCACAGGGACGCGAAGACCGCUGUCUGGACCUCAGCAAGGCCAUGCUGUCCCGGGUGGUACUUUCUGCCGCCGCCACAGCGGCCCCCUGUCUGAAGAACGCGGCCGUCCUGGGACCAGGGGUAUUACAGGCAACAAGGGUCUUUCACACAGGACAACCACGUCUUGCCCCUGUACCGCCUCUUCCUGAAUAUGGAGGAAAAGUACGUCUUGGGCUGAUCCCUGAAGAAUUUUUCCAGUUCCUUUACCCUAAAACUGGUGUAACAGGACCCUACAUGCUUGGAACGGGGCUUAGCUUAUAUUUUCUAUCCAAAGAAAUAUAUGUGAUUACCCCGGAGACCUUCUCUACCAUAUCAGUAGUAGGGUUGAUGGUCUAUGUGAUUAAGAAAUAUGGUGCUUCUAUUGGAGAAUUUCUUGAUAAACUUAAUGAGGAAAAAAUUGCUCAACUAGAGGAAGUAAAGCAAUCAUCCAUAAAACAAAUCCAGGAUGCAAUUGACAUGGAGAAGGCACAGCAGGCACUGGUUCAGAAGCGCCACUACCUCUUUGACGUUCAGAGGAAUAAUAUUGCCUUGGCCUUGGAAGUCACUUACCGGGAUCGGCUACAUAGAGCAUAUAGGGAGGUAAAGAAUCGCCUGGACUACCAUAUUUCUGUACAGGACAUGUUGCGUCGAAAGGAGGAAGAGCACAUGAUAGACUGGGUGGAGAAGCAUGUGGUGAAGAGUAUUUCUGCACAGCAGGAAAAGGAGACCAUUGCCAAGUGCAUUGCAGAUCUAAAGCUGCUUGCAAAGAAGGCUCACGCUCAGCCAGUUAUGUGAAUGUUUCUAUCUCAGUUGAGAUGGCCAGGGAGAGCUAACUUAAAUGGGAACUAGUCCAUGUGAAGAACUCUUCCUGUGUUGCUGUCUAUUGAAAUUCCAGUGUACCUUUCCUGAGAAAUGAUCAAGAUGCAUUUAAUGACUUAACUCUAUUGGCCAGUCAGGUAUUUCUGAUCCUUGCUGUAUAUCUGGAAUUGGCUAGUGAUCACUUUUGAAUAAGUAAUUUGCAGCAACUUGCUGCCCUAACUAAAAUUACCAAGUUAUAGUUUAAACUUGUAAUUAGUUAUACCAUCUUGCAAUAAAAUGACAUUUGAAACAA